CUGAAAUCUUCUUCCGUCGCGAACUCCUAUCUGGUGGGACCAAAAUGAGACUAAUUCUAGUUUCUACACCAAGGGACGUCAAAGUAGCCAGAUGAGGACGCGAGGGAAUUUGAGUGUUGAGCAUCUGGCACGGCCACGCUGACCCGUGGCCAAUCCAUAUCUCGACAGCAGAUUUCUGUGGGCCCUCGUUGCGUGUCUUGCGCCUGGACUCGAGGGUGCGGAUGAAGCCGCCGUCUCAAGUCUCACUCUCAAGCAGUCGCACGACCGACAAGGUUGAGUUAUUUCAAAUUGCACUGGCUGAUCUCAGGGGAACUGGUGAGUUAAUGAACGGCAACCCUGCCGUAGUUUCGGUUGAGACGGGAGACGGUAGUAUCCAUCUGCCGAGGACGUCAAUCGCUGAGAAAAAAAGAAAACAGAAAAAACCUUCAUUUUGUUCAAGCUUUGGGUUAGCAGAGACUAGAGAAAGAGAGGCCGAGGCAAGAGGAAAUCGAGGACCCACGCAGCUUAGCCAUGGACGGUCCAUCAUCGACCAUUUGCAGCUCCAUUUCCAGCAAACAGACAGGCUGUUCUCCGUAUUUCCUGGGCCAUCCCUAAUUAGCCGAUUCUCCGGCCGUCCGUGCGGACAAAAAUUAGGCUGUUCCAGAGCUCCUUGCAGCUUCGAGGGCAUCAAUAAAGCCGGGCAGGGGGAGCAAGCUUCCCGUGUCGGUUCUCAAUUGCACAUGAAGUCGAGCCCGAGAAAACUCAAGGAGCUCUCUGGAAUGUGGGCUUGAGAUCGGCGCUGCGGAGAGAGCUCCCAGGGUUGCAAGUCGCAUGUUGCAACUUUGCAGUCAGUCUGCCAUUCAGUCUCACUGACGGCCGACGGGUCACGGGAAGCUGACUAAGGCGGAACCCC